CUAGACUGGUACCUAGUUGUUAGACAGACCAUCCCAAGAAAAUCUUGGUAAAGGAUCUCAUCAUCAAACAAUAACCAACAGGACAACCAUUCACUUCACCUUCACCACUUCACUUCCCUCUCUCUCUCUCUGAGUGUCAUUUGCUUUGCUUUAGUUGCUAUCUCUCUGUCAUCACCACUUACAGAAGGUCAGCAACCCAACUCAAGUACGAGGUUGAAGGUCAAACCUUUUGUGUCAGGUUGAGCUAAGUCCAUGGUUCUGGAGGAUUGUACUUUGUUGCUGUUUAAAAAGAACUUGGAUAAGGUUUUAUUUUCUGGUUUUUGAUCCAAAGACGUUUCCUUUGCUACAUCAAAGCGUCUGCUUAGAUGAAAAUAUUUAGCUUUUCCCGUAGGCGCAUGAAGCUUGGCAGAGUGAAGAAAGUACAACUUUCAGAGUCUGCUCAUGGAAUUAAGAGUCCUAUAAGACCGCCCAAACGAAGCAACACUGCCAAUGUAGAGUCCACUAUGCCUGCUAGUAGUCAUUCUCAUGAAUUUGACUCCCACAGUCCAACUGUCCCUGAGAUUAAUUCAUCAGUGAACUCUGAGAAUUGGAUGGUGUUGUCAGUUGCUGGGGAAAGGCCUGUGCCACGCUUUAAUCAUGCAGCUGCUGUGGUGGGGAACAAGAUGAUAGUGGUUGGUGGUGAAUCUGGGAAUGGAUUGUUAGAUGAUGUGCAGGUUCUUAAUUUUGAUAAUUUUUCCUGGACCACAGCAUCAUCCAAGCUUUACUUGUCCCCAAGCAGUCUACCAUUGAAGAUCCCUUCAUGCAAGGGCCAUAGUCUGGUUUCAUGGGGGAAAAAUGCCCUCCUGGUUGGAGGCAGAACUGACCCUGGGAAUGACAGAGUUUCAGUAUGGGCAUUUGAUACAGAGACAGAAUGUUGGUCAGUUAUGGAAGCAAAAGGAGAAAUACCGGUUGCUCGAAGUGGUCACACUGUGGUCAGGGCAAGCUCCGUUUUAAUCCUUUUUGGGGGUGAAGAUGCUAAAAAGAAGAAACUGAAUGACCUACAUAUGUUUGAUCUGAAGUCUUCAACAUGGCUCACCCUUCAAUGCACGGGAACAAGACCAUCUCCAAGAUCCAAUCAUGUGGCAACUCUUUAUGAUGAUAAAACUCUUUUCAUCUUUGGUGGAGCAUCAAAGUCCAAGAUACUGAAUGACUUGUACUCACUUGACUUUGAAACGAUGGUAUGGUCUAGAAUAAAGAUACGUGGUUUUCAUCCGUCGCCAAGAGCUGGUUGCUGCGGAGUUCUGUGUAGAACAAAAUGGUACAUAUCAGGCGGUGGAAGUAGGAAAAAAAGACAUACAGAGACUUUCAUCUAUGAUGUUUUAAAGUCUGAGUGGUCUGUGGCCAUUGCAUCACUUCCAUCUUCAAUCACAACUAACAAGGGAUUUAGCCUAGUACUCGUGCAGCACAAGGAUAAGGAUUUUCUUGUUGCAUUCGGCGGAUACAAAAAGGAGCCAUCAAAUCAGGUUGAAGUACUGAUCGUUGAGAAGAAUGAAUCAUCCAUGGGCUGGCGAUCUACUCCUGGUAAAUCUGCGGGACAAAUGCAGUUUGGAAAACGCUCGUCAUCUGCAGGGUCGGCUAGCCAACCUGUUAACGGUUCUUCCCAACGUUUGGUUAACUCUGCUGCAAGACAAAAUCUAGCGUCUGUAAUUGAACAUGAUUCUGGUAGAAGAUCGUUGUCAGAGUUGUCACUUGUGGAUCAAAAUCCUCUUUCUGGAAAAGUCUCACUACGGAAGCAAUUUCAUAAUAUGGAAGAAUACAACACAGCUGUUAGAAUAACAAAGUGUUCAGAGGACAUAAGUUCUAUUCUACAGGCAAUAGAACAAAAAACAAAUCAAUCUGAUACGGGAAUUCAGAUUCAUGCUCCUGGGACCAAAAUCAGUUCAGACAAAUCACUCCUAUUUGGAUCUGAAAGUUCAAAUCCCCAGGUUAAACGGAUCAUAAAUGUUCCUGUUGAUAAUGAUAAUUUUGUAUUUCCAGAAGCGGAUGAUAAAUCAGGAGCCGUAUCAGCUCCUUCAAGCAUAUAUCAAUUUUAUGAGACAAGAAUGGCUGCCCUUAGUAGAAAAAAUGGAAUUUUAGAAGUACAGUUGGCAGCUGCAUCAGCAAGCCAAGACAAUGCAGAAAGAAAUUUAGCUUCCUCUCUCAAGAGCAAAGAGGAGAUGGAGAAAAGAUUUGCAGACACAAUGAAGGAGAUGGAAUUGCUAAAAGAGAAACUAGCUGGUACAGAACUUGCUCAAGAAGAGGCCAACAGGUUAUCUAACAUAGUCCACUCAGACAAUGUAAGGCUCGAACAUGAUGUGGCUUUCCUUAAGGCUGUUCUAGAUGAUACUCAAAAGGAGCUGCUCUCGGCCAGAGGAGUCCUUGCAGGGGAGAGGGCCAGAGCAUUCCAACUACAGGUUGAAGUUUUCCAUCUCAAACAAAGGUUGCAAUCCAUGGAGCACCGAGCACCCACUCCUAGGAAACCAUUCAAUGUAUAGUGUCAGACUGAAUCUGACUCGUUACAGUCAUAUCCAUAUAUCUAUUUCUGACUAGUUACUGUCAUAUCCAUAUCUAUUUGCCAUACAAGAUGGUAGGAGGAACAGUUUGAAUCAACAAGUGUUCAAUCUGCCUGGAACUGAGCCUACGUCUGCUGAACAAAGGCAUGGAUAUUCAUAUUCAUUUGGUAAUUUACUAUGUACAUAUGUAUAUCGACCAUGUCACAUGUUUCCUUGGACGCAAUCUCUUCUUCUAGUUUGAAGAAACCCCUGCUGUUCAAUACUAAUGACCUAUGGCAUGGCUUUGAUC